GCGCCGCGGGCACUGACUCGCGCCGCGCUCGGCGCUGCCUGGCCGGCCCCUCCCAGCCCGGGAUCUUCCCGCGAGGCGCGUCGCCCCAGGGCGAAUUAGGAGAGAAACGGAGCCCGACAGGGAGAGCGCGGCGAGCAUGCGGAGGCGGAGGAGCCUCGGCGCGCGCGGCAGAGGCGUGUAGCGCGCCUGUCUCCGGAGGGCGUGCGAGAGAGGCGCCGGGCGGUUCGCCCUCCCGGCGGCGGCGGGUCCCCAGCCCACCCUCCGCGGGCUCCGGCGCGCUGCGGCUGCGGGCGCGGGGUGCAUGGAAGCGGCGGCUGCGGCGGAGGAGGCGGCGGCUGCCCCAUGGAGUGUUACUACAUUGUCAUCAGCUCCACGCAUCUCAGCAACGGACACUUUCGCAACAUCAAGGGAGUUUUCCGGGGCCCUCUCAGCAAGAACGGGAACAAAACUCUGGAUUAUGCUGAGAAGGAGAACACCAUAGCAAAAGCUCUGGAAGAUCUGAAGGCCAAUUUUUACUGUGAACUCUGUGACAAGCAGUACUAUAAGCAUCAGGAGUUUGACAAUCACAUUAAUUCGUAUGACCAUGCUCACAAGCAGAGGCUCAAAGAACUGAAACAAAGGGAAUUUGCUCGAAAUGUAGCAUCUAAAUCCAGGAAAGAUGAAAGAAAACAGGAAAAGGCACUCCAACGCCUGCACAAGCUGGCCGAACUAAGAAAGGAAACUGUGUGUGCUCCUGGAAGUGGCCCCAUGUUCAAGUCAACAACUGUUACUGUGAAAGAAAAUUGUAAUGAAAUUUCCCAAAGAGUUGUUGUGGAUUCAGUUAAUAACCAGGAAGAUUUCAAAUGCACUUUGAUUCAUAGUCAAGAGAACGCUAAAGAUGUUACCACUGUGGCUGCAGAUGCAGAAAGUGCAAAUAGUUCUCCUGCCAAAAAUAACCAACUUGGAGAUCAAGCCAAGGGAAUUCACAGACACAAAAUUGGCUUUUCUUUUGCGUUUCCAAAGAAAGCAUCCGUGAAGCUGGAGUCCUCAGCUGCAGCCUUCUCUGAAUACAAUGAUGAUGCCUCUGUGGAAAAAGGAUUUAGCAGAAAAAGUAGAUUUGUCCCUGGUGUUUGUCAUCUUCAACUAUCUUCACCAACAGACGCGCUUUUGAGUUCUGAGGAGAAAGUGAACUCUUUUCAUCCACCAGAAGGACUGUGCACUGACAAAGAAACUGCUCAAACUCCAGAGAUGAAAGAUGUUUCUAGUGAAAAAGAUACACUGUCAUUACCUCCAUUUUGCCAGUUUCAACUCCCUUUAUCAUCUGAUGCAGGUAAUUGUCAAAAUUCAGUCCCCUUAGCAGAUCACCUUCCACUGAAAGAUGUAAUCAUUAAUGAAGGCAUGCCUAUAAGUGGUAACAGUUCUGAAUUUCUAGGAAAUGAAUCCAUGGUUCUUAAUAUGGCUAAUGACUGCCUAUCUUUGCAAGCUACCACAGAGGAAACUAGUAAGGACCAUGAUGCAUCCACAACUGAAGUUGAAAAUAAAAAUCACAGCCCUGAGAUGUCCGCCCCUUCAAAUUCUGAAGAGGAUAACGUAAACUUACAGAAAAAAACAGAUUUAUAUAAAAGACCAUGUGAGCCAUUUGUGCCCGUCCUUAACAAAGAUGGAUCCACGGUUCUUCAGUGGCCGUCGGAAAUGCUGAUUUACACAUCGACUCAACCAUCAAUUUCCUAUAGCUGUAAUCCUCUCUGUUUUGACUUCAAGUCCACUAGAUUAAACCACAAUCUAAAUCAAAAUAAGCUGCCCUUCAGUAAUCUUUAUUCUCAGCAGAAGGGAGAAGACAUUUACAAGAGACCAGUUGUGGACUGCAAGGACACAUCCACUGCCGGACUCACUGAUUAUGAAAGUGGAGGUAGCAGAAAUGAAUACACCCAAGUCACUCCUCUUCUGGCUGAGGAUACACUGUCCAAUAGCUGUGAUUCUGGGAAAAAUAAGAGUAUAGGUCAGAGGUAUAAAAAUAUUUCCUGUAGGAUCAGAAAAACAAAAAACUACACUUUUACUAAAAAUCAGAUAAAACAGGAUGCUCUAGAUGACAAAUACAACAAAAUAAAACAAAAAGAUACUCAUGAACACUGGUUCCAUAAAAGUAGAAGGAAGAAGAAAAGAAGAAAGUUAUGCCACCAUCAUUAUGGGGAGAAAAUCAAAGAGUCAGAAACUCACAUUAAAAUGGAAACAGAAAAUAGUUAUACUGACACAACUAGGAAAAAUCUACUGGAAACAAUUUCAGAAAAGCAGUAUUUAGCUACGGACCAAUUAUCAGACUCACAUCAGUUACCUGAUAAAAGGCCCAAAUCAGCAUCCAUUUACUUAAGUGAAAAUGAUGAAAUGUGUAAAACUCAGAACAGUGAAUACAAUAGUAAUGAUGUUAUCAGUUCUAAAAACCACAGUAAAAAGAACUCAGUUGUUUUACAUGGACAAUCCAAUUCAACGAUGAUACAUUCGGGGAAACAUAAUUUAACAUUCUCCAGAACUUACUGCAGUUGGAAAGCCAAAAUGUCCAACUGCAGUCAUGAUCACAGAUGCCUAGUUCUUCAAAAUGAUAUGAAAUGCAUGAGUCAGAACCAGGCUGUUAAAAGAGGUUAUAAUUCUCUCACUAGUGAAUCAGAAAGAUGCCAUCGAAAACGUAGACAGCAUUCACAUUCUUAUUCUUCAGAUGAAAGUUUAAAUCGACAGAAUUAUCUACCAGAUGAGUUUGUGAGGCCACCCCGUGCUGCUGCUCCUCGUAAACCUAAAAGAAAACGGAGAAGAAAAAGAAGCAGAUUCCACACCGGUUUGGAAGCUUUGGAACUCAAAGAGAAGACAGAUUAUCCCACGAAAGGCCAUGCUUCCUUAUGUCACCAGGAUGAAAUAAUAAGUGAAGACAAAAAAGAGGAAAUAAAUCCACAAGAAAUUGCAAAUGUCCAAAGGAACUCAGAACAAAUAGACCAAGUAGAAGAUGAACUGGCUUUGCCCCCCAGCAGUCCCCCUCCUGAACCCAGUGGUGAGACGGAGCGUGUAAUGGAAACUGCUUCUGGUGACUUGUCAGAGAUUUCCAAUGAGCCCUGUGGAGCUAGUGCCCCAAGGAAAGUACAAAUCGACGGUACCUUGCUCGAACACAAAGAAAGAAGUGAGCGUACAAAUAUUAAUGAAAAGCAGAUUCCUUUCAAGGUGCCUAAUAUUGAAAGGAACUUCAGACAGUCACAACCUAAAUCCUACCUUUGCCAUUAUGAACUGGCUGAGGCCCUUCCACAAGGAAAGAUGAAUGAGGCGUCAGCCGAGUGGCUGUGUUUUAAUUCAGGAAUCCUCAAUGCACAACCACCAUUACCAUUCAAAGAAGCACAUGUCAGUGGCCACACCUUUGUAACAACAGAGCAAAUCCUGGCUCCGUUAGCGUUACCAGAACAAGCAUUGCUGAUCCCCAUAGAAAACCAGGACAAACUGAGAAAUCUACCGUGUGAAGUCUACCAGCACAUCAUCCCGCCGAACAUGCUGGCCAGCAAGGUCAAGCUCACCUUCCCCGCCGCAGCCCUCCCGCCCCCCGGCGCCCCCCUGCAGCCUCUGCCUCUGCCUCUGCAGCAGCCCGGAUGCUCUACCUCCGUAACCACCAUCCACCACACCGUUUUGCAGCAGCACGCGGCGGCCGCGGCGGCCGCGGCGGCGGCUGCAGCUGCGGGGACCUUUAAAGUGCUUCAGCCGCACCAACAGUUUCUGUCCCAGGUCCCAGCUCUCACCAGAACAUCGUUACCUCAGAUCUCAGUAGGACCAGUAGGACCAAGGCUUUGUCCGGGGAAUCAGCCAGCUUUUGUUGCUCCGCCUCAGAUGCCGCUCAUCCCGGCCUCGGUUCUUCAUCCCGGCCAUCUGGCUUUCCCGCCCUUACCCCACGCACUCUUUCCUUCGCUGCUUUCCCCCCACCCUGCUGUCAUCCCACUCCAGCCCCUCUUCUAGUCCUCACCAUGAAAGGGAAAGAAAAUAUUCAUGUGAAAACUAUUGCUAUAUGCAUUAAUGCUCAUCUAAGUGGAUAAUUGCCUAUUUAAAUGGUGGGAAUAAACUAGCCAAACUAUGGCCUCCUUGAUAUGAAAUCGUUUACUGUAUGCAAAUAAAUUCCUAAGUUUCUGAUAUAUAAUCUUAUUAAGGCACUGAAUAGUUUGAAAAUCAAUACAACAUAUGCUGUAUAUUAAAAGGAUGUCUUAAGAGUAUGUAUAAUGUACAUAAAAUAUAUUUAUAGUACUGUAAUUUAUGUUGUAAAGUAUGCUCUUUGUUUCUUUUUAAUCUCGUGUAUUUGCACCUAUUUAAUGUUUAGACAAAGCUGAUGGCACUAUGUUUUGUACCAUGUUCCUUGAAACUGUAAAUUCAGUGAAAAAUAUCUCUUGCAAUAAAUUUUUGUUAAAUAUUUAAGUAAA